GUCGGUGAAGAGGCGUAGAUGGCGCUAAUGAUUUUGUUUAUUAUUACGAAAUCUCAUAAAUUAUUUCAUGAAGAUGGCAGCCUCCUGUGUCCAUCAUGUGCAGUUAGCUGUGAGAAACGGGUCCCGAUAUGUGCAUAAAUUGAUAUCAAAUGUCAAUUUUAAGCUAUUUGCAGAGAGGAGAGAUGUGGACAGCACUGACUGGGUGCUCAGAAGUGGGUCAUCUAUAUUUGUAGUGAGUGAACAUCGAGCUGAAGUCUUUCGGAACCCGGCAUCGCAAGUUCCCCGGAACUCCGGGCGAGAUGAUUGCUCCGCCAACCAGCUGACGUCACCCACCCUAGCACCUGCAUUUUCUACACGGCUUUCAGAAGUUCAUCAUCUAGGAUACGUAUCACCACCUAUUUCAACUCAAAAUCUGCGUUUUGAAUUGCCAUCUAGUGCUCUUGGAAAUAUAGAUACAGUUUGCAAUGUUGCUUUUGAAGUGUGUAAUGUUUCUGCAACAGUAGAACUUGCGCAGAAAGGAGGCGCUCAAGUGUUGCUAGAACCAACGUUGAUCAAAGACUCUAGUGGAUAUGUGACUGUCGCUGCAAUCAAAUCUUGUGUUGGGAAUGUAGUACACACAAUUCUAAAUACAGAACAUUAUGAUGGUGUAUUUUUACCUGGAUUUAGUAAAGUAUCGGAGUUGGAUUUGUGCAAUAAUUCCAUUUCAUCACACAACAUUUGUGAUCACUCUUCACAAAGUUGUUGUCAGUCAGACAGUGAUGAUCUUGUAAAGCCUGAAUCAAAGGAAACCAUAACACAUUUUGAUCAUGUAACAUUUGCCAUUCCAACAGGAACUUCAAAUAAAGUUCUAGAUUGGUAUGAAAAAUGUUUUGGGAUGAGGAGAUUUUGGUUGGAUAGAAACGAGGACAAGUUAGAAGGAUUCCUGGUUCGAGGGAGCAAUGUAGGUCUGCGGAUGAAGGCUAUGGAAUACUGGAGAUGUGCAGAAACUGGUUUGGUUUUCUCUGAGAAGUCUAGCAAUGAGAGAACGAAUCACAGACAAGGAACCAACAUGAUGUUUGUUGUAGCUGAGGCUCUACCAGAACAAGGACCUAAUCAAGUUGAGACGUUCAUACAGCAGCAUGGUGGGCCUGGUGUUCAACACAUUGGUCUCUAUGCACCUGAUAUCGAGUACACAGUGGCUCUACUGAAGGAGCGAGGUUUGGACUUCAUGGUUCCUCCAAGCACUUACUACACUGAGGUUGGCAAGCUGGAGGAGAUGAAACUGGUAGGGAAGGAUCCAGCUGCCCUCAAGGAACUUGGCAUCUUACUUGAUGCAGAAGAUUUCCAAGACUACAUAGAUGGUGAUGCCCAGGGUAGAUCGGAUUGGGAGGACCCUAAAAUCAGGUAUCUUAUGCAAGUGUUCACACGGCCCUUCUUUGAUCGAGAUACAUUCUUCCUGGAGGUGAUCCAGAGGCAGGGAGCUUGCGGGUUCGGAGCAGGCAACAUAAAAGCUCUCUGGAGAUCCGUUGAGGCUUACAUGGUGCAGAAGGAGGCUACGGAGAAGGAGACCCAGGAGGAGCCUUCCGAGAAGGAGCCAGAAAAAUCCAAAGAGUACUUCAGUUACUAAGCUCCUAGGCUCUUUGAUCAGAUAUUGUGUUUGGAUGAUGAUGUAUAUGUGCAUUUGUGAAUGAGGAUUGAUUGGAAACGAAUUCCAUUUUGAUUAAGGUACUGUUGUGUUAGAUCAACGACCUUGCCACUAAUGUUAACCGAGACGAGAGCUUUCAAUUUUCAAUUAUCUUUCAAGAUUUUAUGAUGUAGAGUUCCUUCAGAGUCGGCUUUACUAAAUUAAGUAGGUGGUCAAAAAUCAAUGUGAAUUACAAGCUCAUGCUUGUUGUGUUAUAUGAUAAUUUUCUAUGUGAUUAUUUAUUUUCCUUCUGAUUGAUAUGAUUGAUUAUUAAUCAAAUUUUGAAUUUUGGCAGUUUUGUAAUUUGCCUCCAUUCACAGUUUUAUUAUACCUCUGCACCAUAUAUAAAAUAGGCCUAUUUGCAAUUUCCUAACAUGUCUUGCAAGAUUUUAUGAUCAAGCGUUUCUACAAAUACAAAUUAUUGGAAUUAAUUAGAUGUCAUUAAUGCAGCUAAGUGUCAUAUGUAUGAAAUAAUUUUAUUAAUAAUAAGAAAGUAUUUAGUUUAACCCUUUUUACUUAGAUUACAUUUAUUAGUUUCAACUCUGAUAAAAUAAUUCAUUUGUUGUAUAUUUCCUGGCUCUUAGGAAAUCUAGGUUUAGGAAAUCUAGGUUUAGAUUUGUCUUCCCACUGAGAAUGCAAGGUUUAUCUGAGCUAAAUUAAAUGAAACAUUCUCGUGAUUUUUUUUUUCACAUGUUCAUAUUUCUUUAAGAUGUUUUUACUGUCGAAAAUUAAUUGAAAUUACAUUUCAUUAAGUUGCAAAUGGUGCUCUCAUGUCUUCACAUUUGAAGGAAUAAUUUAUCUUCAUUGUUUGCUAUAUAUUCAAUUUUCCCAUGAAAAUUUGGCAUGGUGAAAAUUUAACUGAAUCAACUGUGCUCUGAAUAGGUGAUGUGCGAUCCCUCUUCUAAAAUUGUACUUGUAUUAAAAGUUUUGAUAUGGAAACAAAAAAUAAUAAUCUUUCCCUCCCUAUUUUGAGCCAAGCAAAAGUGGUAUUUUUCUUAAAUGUCUCUUUCUUGAAAGUUUUGCUGCAUCCAUAUAGUCUAUAUUUAUUUCAUCGUACACGAAUAUCCAGUUUCAUUUUGCAAUAUUCAGUCCUCACGUGGUACUCUGUAAACAUUACCUUGAAUUAUUUAACUUAUGAAACAUAUGGUAAUAUUGUAGAAGUGCAAUCCGGGUUAUGGGUCGACAACUUCUUUUAACAUAUCUUGAGGGUGGUGGUGCCCCAUGAGGAUUCCACCCUGCUAGCUGCCACUCAUACAGGCCUUUCUCACAACGUAGUAUUAAUCGUCCUUUCACUAACCCUGUACUGUCCCCUUGCUAUAAUUUUUCCUUUUCUCACCAGCCAAGUUUUCUGCCUAACCACAGCUAAGGAAAUGCUUGCUUUUCCCACACAAAAUUCAGUAAUCCCUGACAAGUGUUAGCCAUUCAUGAGCGCUUAUGUCUGAUUGGACAACAGCGCUGUCUCCGUUGUCACUAGGGCAUACAUCAAGCACCGCCCCUUUGCUUGGCUGGGUUUAUUUUCUCACAGCGACUCUCAACCCUGGACUUUCACGAUUAACACCGCAAUUGCUCGACUAACCCUGCUAUUUUGCAGGGCCAAGUCAUCCUGUACUAUAUGUGGGGUUAGCCCACUGUUCAAAAGAAAGAAAGAAAAUUGGUAAGUUUAACCCUGUACUAUACAUGUAGGUGGGGCUAACCUUGCCGUUUAGCCCCACCUGUAGUAUUGGGGUUGAGGAAAAUUUUGCCCGGGAGAAACGCCUAUUGGUGUUUCAACACACCAUUUUACCUUUCAUUCUGGAAUAGUUGACAAUUUCAAGAAUGUCACUCUCAUACUUGAAAUGAAAUUUUUCCGGAAAACCAUAGGGCUGAAAAAUAUUAAAGCCUUGUUUGGUCAUGAACUCUGGUGCUACAUGUAUUCUGGGAAUGCAAAAAUUGUGAGAACUUUGAUACCUUUUUUUUUUCUUUUUUAAUCUGGUCUUGGAUUUCUUAGGGAAAUUUAAAUGAUGCCUUCCUGAUCUGUGGCAGUGGCUGCGUGGCACUUAUAUGGACAAACAAAGAUACUUAUUGAAAUAGAAAUAGAAUUGCAUCUUUCCAUGUCAUAUUGAUUCAUAUUGAGUAUGUGUAAAUGUAAACCUAGGGCAUUUCAUAGAUUUAUAUGGUUAAGUUCACUGAUUUUCUUUUUUCCCCACGAGAAAUGUUGUGUGUGAAUAUUGACCAAAGGGGCGUAAAACCAUAACUCAGAUAACUAUGUGUAUGAGUAUGUGAUUUGUCUUAUGAGCUGUUCCACAUUGUUCAGGUGAGGAAAGAGAAAAAUGUUAUGCAAUGUACUUUGAAAUAUUAUCCAGAAACAACCCUUUUCUUGGAAAACGUGGGAGGACCAUCACAUUUUGCUUAAUAUUUCAUGGAAAAUUAUAAUUAUUUAUGCAGAAUACGUUAUUUUGCCAACCUUAGUAAGGAUGGCCUGAAACAAAUUAAAAAGAAUUUGAA